AUGCCUUACGACGAGGAGACGGGAAUCAAUUGGAGUCCGAGACCGACUGUCUCAUUCCAUGAGCUCACAUGGGAUGGCGAAAUGGGAGAGGAACUGUUUGUGGCGAAAAAGUGCAGCAAGGCAUUCCGAUGGAAGCCGCGUCAACCUAAGGAACUAACUGCCGCCGGAGAUCUGGUGCAAUACUCUCAGGGCAACAAUAUCCUGUUCAUCCGGGACGUAAACCGGCUGUUCUACGACGUCGCGAUGGACCAUUGGUUCGAGAGACUGGAUCUGCGGGAUCUGAACGCGGGCGGCGCAUUUGAGCUCCAGCACAUCUGGUAUGUCUGCGUGUACGAUGUAGGUCUAAUCGUGCUCGAUCUGUGGUCUGGAGAUAUCGGAAAGCACGACGACUAG